AACCCAUAUCCUUUAUUAAUCCCCUCUUCAACAUUUGCCAUACGUUGACACCAUAAUUUCAGAAGUACAGACGUCCAUGGUGACUGCAGCGCUCUCAUCUUCUGUUCCCUCUCCACCACAGACUUCCAGAAGUUGCAAGAGAUCCUGCAGGCCAUGGCCCGUUUCUUCCGCUUCUCGACCAGCCGCCCAUUUGUUCCACUUUCAUUUUAAAUCAAAGAAGAGUGAAAUAGGGCUUCAAGUUGUAGCUGUCAUUGGAGAUGCGUCAUCUGAAACAAGGAAGGGAUGGAGCCACUUAUUUGAUGUUGAGGAUCCUCGAGGCAAGACACCUCCUUGGAAGGGGAGAUAUUUUGAUGUGUAUCAAGCAUGGGAAGUAGCACGGCAUGAUAUCCAUUAUUGUGAUUGGAGGGCUCGUCAGGAUGUGCUUACCAUCAAGUUGCUUCAUGAUAAGGUUGUGGAAGUUCUGAAUCCAUUAGCCCGUGAUCAUAAGUCUGUAGAGACCUUGAAAGGAGAAUUAGGAGACUUGCAAAACGAUCUUACAAAAGCACAUGAGCAGAUUCAUAUAUCUGAAGCGAGAGUUGCAUGUGCCAUAAAUAAACUGGCUGAAAUGGAAGCCCUUGUAAAUGACAAAUUGUUAGAGGAUAACAAUCUGUCAGAAAGCAAUCAGUAUGAAGCUUAUCUGGAAGCCUCAGAUAUAUCCUUGACAUCUUCCCACUCCGGGAGAUUAGAAAAGACAAAACAUCAUAAAAAGCAUUUACAUGUAUCUGGUCCUGUUGAAUCAUAUUCUGUCAAUCUGAAGAACUUCUGGUAUCCAGUUGGGUUUUCUGCAGAUCUGAAGGAUGAUACAAUGGUUCCAUUUGAUUGUUUUGAAGAGCAAUGGGUGAUGUUCCGUGGAAAAGACGGUAGAGCAGGUUGUGUACAGAAUACAUGUGCACACAGGGCAUGUCCUUUACAUCUUGGCUCAGUGAAUGAUGGACGCAUCCAGUGCCCAUACCAUGGUUGGGAAUAUGCAACAGAUGGAGUAUGUGAGAAGAUGCCAUCUACAACUUUGUUGAAUGCACGUAUAAGAUCAUUACCAUGCAUUGAGCAAGAUGGUUUGAUAUGGGUCUGGCCUGGAAAUGCAAUUCCUGAUGCGCCUCUUCCAUCCUUGUCUCCUCCAUCGGGAUUUAAUAUUCAUGCAGAGAUUGUUAUGGAAUUGCCUGUUGAACAUGGUCUCCUUCUGGAUAACCUUUUGGAUCUUGCUCAUGCUCCAUUCACCCACACUACGACUUUUGCUAAAGGCUGGGAAGUUCCCAGUUUUGUGAAGUUUAUGACACCAGUUAAGGGUCUGGAAGGUUAUUGGGAUCCUUAUCCAAUAGAUAUGCAGUUUCAGCCACCCUGCAUCGUCUUGUCUACAAUUGGAAUAUCAAAACCUGGUAAAAUACAAGGAAUGAACACUAAGGACUGUUCCACACAUUUGCACCAGUUACAUGUCUGUGUACCUUCUUCUAGGCAGAAGACUCGGUUGCUUUAUAGAAUGUCACUUGACUUUGCACCUAUAUUGAAGCAUAUUCCUUUCAUGCAUCUGCUGUGGAGACAUUUUGCUGAUAAGGUUUUAAAUGAAGACCUCAGACUAGUGAUUGGUCAACAGGACAGGAUGAUUAAUGGAGCAAAUGUAUGGAAUUUACCAGUGUCAUAUGAUAAACUAGGUAUAAGAUAUCGGAUAUGGAGGAAUGCAGUUGAGGCUGGGCAGAAGCAGCUCCCUUUUAUUAAAUCUUGAAGCCAUUAACAAGUAGAAUGAAAUAGUUGCUUUGCUGGAGGUGCUUAUUUUGCUUGAGGCUUUCCGUUGGCUUUUGAAAUUCCAGGUGGUGAAAAUGUGUUAAACAUUUGAAAAGCCGUGGAUUUCCUUAUUGUGACACAGUCAAAGGAAGAGCCUUCACGUUUGUAAAAUUAUAAUCUGUGUGGUGUCUAGGCAUUAAGACAUCAUAAAUUCUACAUCAUUGAGUCAUUCCCUUUUUUGAUUGUACAGUAUUGGCUGCUUUGCUGAAGCCAUCAUUAAUAAAGGAAAUUGUUACUUACGAAUA